CAUCGUCUGCGUUUGAACAGUUCCGCAGACGAGAACGUGACAGAUCAGGAAUUAGGGAUGCCCAACAAAAAAUGAGGUUUACUUAAGUGGUGGCAGCUGUAAUGUAACGUUAUAAUUACUCUAUUCUGAUAUCAGACUUACUCAUCAGCGAGAGAAAAAAGUGGAAACGACAAAGAAAAAGGAGUGAUCUUUUUACAAUUCGAGUAACGUUUCGUCACAUCUUCCUUCCGCGUGUGCUAGACAGUUCAUUGUCCAAGAUGGAAUCAAUCGCCCUGCCAAAACGAGAGAAUCGUUUUUGAAAUAGUGUGUUUUUAUUAACGCCACAAAGGCAGCGCACCGAGCCGUCAGAUCGCGUUCCAUUGCCUGACAAGGCUAAUUUUUUAAAGACAUGGCGACCUUGCGGGUCUGAAGGUAGGAGGUAAACCCAGACGACCGAGCCCAAGGCUGGCGAUGUGCUCCAAGAGAAGGCGAUAUAAUUGCGGAGAUUAUUCCCUGACACCCUCUAACGAGACCACCGGAAUAAAAUGACGUAUAGUGAUCGAGUACAAAGGAUCUUGAAACCAACUUAGAUUUAGAUCAGUUCGCGUGUUUCACGUUUUUCAAGUAGUUUUUUUCCUUUCGAGAGAGCACCAAGGAUUUUCACGUUCGCGUUUGCAGACGACAUUUCCGACCAAUGAGCGUCCAAGUCAACACUAACGCCACCGCCUGAAGGGAUUCUUGAAAACCAUCUUAAGAACUCAAGAGGGCUAGCUCCAUUGAAAAAGAAACAGUUGUUUAAAAGGCAACAACUUAUAAAAAGAUGAGAAAGUGUGCUUCCACCAUCUGACAGAAUAUAAACCAAGAUAAAAAUGUCGGUGGUGUCUUUCCGUCUCAGGAGCGCGGCGACAUAAUGGUAGCAGUUUUCCGAAUCAGCUUCCUUUUGAUCGUCUGCUCGUUGUCGUCUUUGAAUGGAAGAAUCGCCCAUCCAGGUGCGCUGACUGUCGUAGCUCUAGGAGCCAACAUCAUUUGCAACAAGAUUCCCGGCCUGGCUCCGAGACAGAGGGCCAUCUGCCAAAGCCGGCCCGACGCCCUCGUGGCCAUAGGGGAGGGGGCCAAGAAGGGGCUCAGCGAGUGCCAGUGGCAGUUUCGACGGAUGCGCUGGAAUUGUACGAACAUAGGGACCAGCCACUCUAUCUUCGGACACGUUUUCCCCGUAGGUCGGUACCCAGGCAGCCGCGAGGCCGCUUACGCCUACGCCAUCAGCGCCGCUGGCGUCGCUUACGCCAUCACGCAGGCGUGUAGUCAAGGCAACAUGACAAGCUGUGGCUGUGACAGGCGGAAGAUGGACGGUCGGUUCUCUCCCCAGGGAUGGAAAUGGGGAGGGUGCAGCGCAGAUAUAAAAUACGGUCUCAAGUUUGCCCGAUUGUUUGUGGACGCUCGGGAAAUAGAAGGAGAUGCAAGGUCACUUAUGAACUUACAUAAUAACAGGGCCGGCAGAAAGGCAGUCAAAGAGAACAUGGUCGUAGAAUGCAAGUGUCAUGGCGUCAGCGGAUCUUGCACAAUGAAGACAUGUUGGACGACGCUGCCGCCUUUUAGAAAAAUCGGAGACUUUCUCAUGAAAAAAUACAGACUAGCAAAGGAGGUCGAACCAAUCCGAAGCCGGCGUGCUAGGAGGCCUCUUUUUCUCAAGUGCAAAAAAUCAAAAAAGCCGGACCGUAAACCUAAAAGGACGGAUGUAGUAUAUCUGCAGAGGUCGCCUAAUUAUUGUGACUAUGAUCCCUUGACGGGGUCUCUGGGGACGCGGGGGAGACGCUGCAAUAGGACUUCAGAUGACACAGACGGUUGUGACUCGAUGUGCUGUGGCCGAGGUUACAACACACACCAGUACACGCGCACGUGGCAGUGCAACUGUCGCUUCCAUUGGUGUUGCCACGUCACUUGCAAUGAGUGCCGAGAGAGAACAGAGGAGUACACGUGCAAAUGAACGCUAUCUCCUACCUUAUCUCUCCCUCGCUCUGUCUCUCUCUCUGUUCCCAACCCUGCGUUAAUUUCCGAGAUUUUAAUUGCUGAUUUGAUUUAAUUUGACCAACCGCACAAUUCUUUAUGGAAGAAAACGACCAAGCACAACUGAGAAUGGCACGCGUCAGCCAAAGAGACGCAACAGUGAUGGUUCACAUGAACUACGAUGUUAUAAAGCCUAAUGGGAUGUCCCUAAACCCACGAUGCACUCAAUAUGCUUACAAUCUGACAAGACACCGCAUUCAAUAUAGAUGUGUCGACCGUAUAGGACACAGACAAACAGCGCAAUUCCCGGUGGCUUGUUUAGAGAACAAUCAAGUACUAAUCUUUUCUGUGCUUAUAUGAAAUAGGAAUUUCUUGAACGAACAAUGGAUAUGUGUCAUUUGUCCGGUACAUCAGAUUAUGGCUGAAAGCGAGCUUCGGCUAGGGAUUGUCUUGAAGGAGUAACCACGUGACAGUUACAAAUUGGGACCCCUCUUUCACACGUUCUGGAGCAAAACUACUAAACAAAAAUAACUGGGACAACGCAUUAAUUUACCCCAUUUACAUACGGAGACAUUUUAAAGCAGAAGUCAAACAUUCUCCCACAAUGAGAAAAUUAAAAAGAAAACAGAAUCCCGGACAGCAUUCACUAAAUUAGAAUUUUGGCGACAAUGGCGCUGUGUGACCCAAACGUGUACAGUGACCGUGCACGACACGUGCGUUGUGGAGGGGACACUGGAUGGAACAGAUACGAUCACUAUUCCACAACACUACAGUCGGACAAGCAACAGGUUCCUUCGUCCCAAUAUCUGUAACUGCGUAGUCUUGUUUGUAUCCAUUGUUAUUUGGAGCUGCGCGCGCAGUGGCCCAGAGUGACGGCACAUUCCUUCACUCAUCCUCUCUCUCUCAGCGGUGUCACCCUAGCUGCUGGGAGUGAAAACAAGGUAACCCGAUCGGCCAUCAAAUUCAGCCGAGAUUGUAACACGGGAUUGGUGAGGCAUGAAACGCGCGUCCCAGCCCCUGGUGUCUGUUUUCUUCCAGUGCCAGGCGUUUCUCGAGGCUUCCCUCGCUCCGGGUGACCGGCCUGAAAGGACGCUCGUUAAAGAUCAGUGGUUGCCAUUUGCGCAAAGAGAACACACGCAGACUUCCGAAUCACAAGGUCGAUUCACAACUCCCAAACGGGAGAAAGAGAGCAUAAAAACUGCUCUUUUGAAUUGUUGCUUUUCUCAAAUAGAUAUCUACUUGAAUGAUACGCGACACAAUGACAUUGGCAAUGGAGCAAUAGUGUGCUUACGUAUUGGAAUGGAUACUUUGCGGGGCUACCCGACUGCUUCACAAUCCAUUGUACGUCAAACAAGUUGGGUGGAAUUUUAUUCUUCUGUUUCCAUGCACAAAGUUUGAUAGUAAUUAUAAUUCGAAGUUCCAGGUGUCAUUUAUUUAACUUAAAGUAUAUUUAUCUUAUUGGAGGAUUUCCCACCGUAACGAAUGGAACUCAUUUCUACCGUAAAAUGUACAGAAGCAAACAGUCAUAAUAUGUUUACGUAAUGAUUAUCAGUGUACAUUAUUUGUAACGUCAUGUAAAUAUGUGUAGAUUUUUCUCCCCAAUAUUUAUAGUCCCAAGGGGCACCUGUGUAUUGAUACAAGUAUUACUGAUGUACAUACCAUAAUUCAAACCCAAAUGAGUGCAUACUAUGUUUCAACUGUUUGUGCCUUUCAUCCUGAAAAGAGACUCGUUCCCACUGAUUGCCAAUGGGUGUGUAGAAAGCUUGGGACGAGGCUUGUGUUUGGAGAGUAACUCUGUAUAUGCCAAUAUGUUAUAACUUACAAUCUAUGUUCAUAACUGUUUCAGACGUAAAUAUAUUAUUUGUAAAUUUUGUAAA